AUGGAGCUGAUUUAUAUUCUAACUCUUAUAUCACUUCUACUCGCGGUCGUGCUGUCCGAGGAAGAACCAGAGAGCAAAUGCUAUCCGCCUAUCAUGACCUUUGAAAUUCCAGAGAAAAAACCUGAACCCUUACCACUACAAGUUGUAUCCGGGACAACGAAAACAGCGGAAAGGAGUCGACGACGAAAACUUGUACGGUCGAAGACAUUUCACACAAGAAAUUCGAAAAGGAGAGUCCUGAAGAAAAUCAAAACUGUCACACGAAGGAAAAAGGACACAAAAAAACUACUGAAUUCCAAAUAA